UUUUUAUUUUUUAAAUUACUGAUAGCGAGAAUUGGAAAAUAGACAAGACAAAACGUCCAAAUCUCUAAAUAUUUUCCUCUCCAAAAAAUACUAAAAACGUUUUGCUUUAAAAGCGCAAUGGGUAAAGGAUUCGAAAGUGUGCUUGAACGAAUGCUGUUUGUGUAUGUGUUUGCAUGUGUUGUAAAGAAUAUAUCAGCGAUUGAGCCAGUCAUUGCUUUUACUAGAAUGUCUACUACUAUUUUUCGCCGUCCUUUUCUAAUCAACAAUGACAGACAUGAUGGCGUCUACAGAAUUGCUUAUCAGCAAAAUAGCAUUACAUUUUAG